AUGGCUUGGUUCCUUCUGGCUGAAGACAGUCUGCUCUGGGGAUGCCUCAACGCCACCAUGACGGUUUGGUCUGCGCUCACGAUCCUCUUCGUUAUUGUGUCGACUGUACCUGGAGAGGUUUCUGGUGUCAGCACCUUCUACCUGAGGACGCUCCUCAAGAUAUUUGAGUGGGCAACCUUGCAAAUGGAGCUGAGAGCGAAGGAAAACAAUCAGCAACUUUACAAACCAUAUGCAACUGGUAUCAUAGAUAAAGAGCCAAUAGUGUCGAUGCAGCAGGAGAUCCAGAAGAUCCGGGGUCCCGUCUGCGAUUCGGCCUCAGACUCGGAGUUUGAGCUGGCCGACCUCAUCUUCUUCUGCCGGCGAGGCGUGGAGAGCAUCGUGGACGACGAGGUGACAAAGUGCUUCUCAGCCCAGGAGCUGGACGGAUGGAACCUGAUGACGCGCAGCAAUAAGAACGACUGUCACGUCACCCGGCCGGUCGCCGUCCUGUGGGCUCUGGGGAUCCUGGUCCGCUACGGGGUCCUGCUGCCCGCCAGGAUGCUUAUUGCAGCUGCUGGAAUUAGUCUGUUCCUGGUCUCGGCCACAUUCGUGAGCUUUCUACCCAACACACGGAUAAAGUCUUACUUGAGUGAAAAGGUUCAGUGGCUCGGUUGUCGCCUCUGUGCUACGUCUCUCACUGCAGUCAUCACCUACCACAACAGAGAGAACAAACCAAAGAAUGAUGGCAUCUGUGUGGCCAAUCACACAACACCGAUGGAUGUCAUAUUCUUGAGCAACGACGGCAGCUGCUCCAUGGUUGGCCAGCUGCAUGGAGGGCUGUUUGGGAUGAUCCAAAGAGCCAUGCUGAAAUGUUCUGCUCACAUCUGGUUUGAAAGAACAGAAGCCGAAGAGAGACAUCUAGUGGUCAAACGACUUAAAGAUCAUGUUGCUGAUAAAACCAAACCACCUCCAGUCAUCUUCCCUGAAGGCACCUGCAUUAACAACACGUCAGUGAUGAUGUUCAGAAAGGGCACUUUUGAAGUCGGCUGCCCAGUCUAUCCAGUCGCCAUUAAGUAUGAUCCGCGGUUCGGAGAAGCUUUCUGGAACAGCAGCAGGUUCGGGCUGGUGGUUUACCUCCUGACCAUGAUGAGCAGCUGGGCCAUCGUCUGCAGCAUCUGGUACCUGCCUCCCAUGAGCAAAGAGGACGGGGAGGAUGCUGUACAGUUUGCCAACAGAGUGAAGGCAGCCAUCGCUGUUCGAGGAGGACUGGCGGAUGUCAUUUGGGAUGGACAGCUGAAAAGAGCAAAUGUAAAGAAAACCUACAAAGAGGAACAGCAGAAACUUUACAGCAAACUUCUCUUGGGCGACUGUGGCGUCAACUAG